GGCUGUCAUCACUUAAGGGGAGUGGAAAGCUUAGGGAGCUUGGACUGAUCGAGGCAACCAAAAUGAGACAACAGUACAUAGCAGUCGGCUCAAGGAUUAAUCUAUAAACGGAGUGUUUCCCCAUUUGAAGAGACAUGGGUCGUCCAGGAAAUCCCAUGAAUAUUAAAUAUAUAGAGACUGAUGGUAUUCAGUUUUGUUUUCAUUAAGUUGUUAGACAAUACCUUUUUUUAUUUCUGCCGCCAAAAAAAAACGCUAUUGGUAUUUUCAUUGAUAACGUUAAGGACGGAAAUAUGUUCUAUAACAUAACGGGUCUGUUGCAGCUGUUCUGGGCUAUUGGCUACAUUCAGUUUUGACUGGUCUCGAGUGAAGACAAAGGAAACGGGAAAGAAAGUGUAAGGAGAAUGGAGGCAAUUUGUUGAUCUAUGAUAUAUAACCACAACCUGUAGGACUUUAAAAAAAUCUUUGCAUGUUAAUCCUAUCAAACGCUCAGUAGAGGUAUACACAAAGGUGGAAUCGCAUGUAUUCGAAUCCCAUGCGCACAGUUUAUAUGCUUUAGACAAGGAUUUUGGUCUAGUUGUAUUUUGAUCUAUUUUAUGUAUUUGAUUAAUUUUCCAUUCAUUCCCGGACAACAUUUGAUGCAAAAAAUAUUUUUUUGUAAUGUUCGUUUUAUGAGACAUGAAAGAGAAUUACGCACAAUAAUAUUUGCCGCAACAGUCUUGAUAUCUUUCUGUAAUUGCAAAGCAAACUUGGCGAUAGGCUACAUAAGCUUGGUGUAUAGCCAUUACAUGCACUGAAAACAAAGGCAGAAACACUUGCCACUUCGUCCGGGAUUUCGGAAUCUUCACUGAUAUCUCAACAUGCUGCAACAAAAAGCAGAAACGGUCAAAUGACAUAUCCCGAACAGAGAUAUUUUUUCUUCUUCCUUCAAACUUCUAUUCUUCAAAGUGGACUAUAGCAAAGUUUCGGUCAGCAAACUACAGUGAGCUAUAUGAAGAUCGAGACACAGAUUUUCCCUCGCAGAAAUGCCAGUGCGAAUGCCAGUUCGAGCCACCAGGUUCAUGUACAGGGGAAAUUGCACUAUUCCAGAUAUAUUAUCAUACCGGACCCCCAUUAAUCUGCCCGAGGAUGAGGUGGAAGAGAUACGCGAGGCCUUCAAGGUGUUUGACCGAGAUGGAAACGGGUACAUCUCAAAGCAGGAGCUGGGGGUGGCCAUGCGGUCGCUGGGAUACAUGCCCAAUGAGGUGGAGCUUGAGAUUAUUAUCCAAAGGCUGGACAUGGAUGGCGAUGGCCAGGUUGACUUUGAGGAAUUUGUUGCACUGCUUGGACCAAAGCUUAUUGCUGCUGGGAUGCCUGAUAAGGUUCAUGGGGCAAACUUUGACUCUGUAUUUUGGAAGUGUGACAUGUCCAAGUUGACUGUGGAUGAGCUGAAGAGGCUGCUUUAUGACACCUUCUGUGACCACCUCACCAUGAAAGACAUUGAGAACAUCAUCAUGACUGAAGAGAGCCACCUGGACAGUAAGGAGUGCCAGGUGGACAUUGACACGAGCCCAACACAACAGGUGAAGCACACAUGUGUGCGGAAGAGCCUGAUUUGUGCCUUCGCCUUUGCAUUCAUCAUCAGUGUAAUGCUUAUUGCAGCUAACCAGAUGCUCCGUAGAGGUAUGAAGUAGGAAGCCCUGUCCACCACAAGCAGAGGGGAAAAUUGUUUUCUUCGUCGUCCUUUCACCCACACAGUGACAAAGCAGAGACAAAAUUAGCAGACAAAAGGAACCAAAAUUACACUUCAUUUUUUUCUCCAGAGACAAUAUUUUCAAUGACCCUUAUGUCCUGAGUAAAGAGCAAAGACUCGGUUACAAAAACUGUCACCUGGACAAAUCGGCACAGGCCAGGAACCUAAGCCACAAAAUGCAUUGUUUACGGUUUACCAUUAGUUUCAGAUGUCCUAAAGGUUGCUACCACCAAAUGAGAAAAAUGGCUUGUAACAAAGAGUACUGAAAACAUACAAAGCAGUGUUAGCAUCUAUAGAUUAACAUCCCUGUAUUGUUGGCGUAUACCAUUUGUUAUUGGAGAGAAAUGGCAAAUGUUGUUAGCCUCCUUUCAAGUAUUCCCAGAGAAAACUGAGUAAAGCCCUAGUAUUGGCACUCUUUUGAAACAUGAUUUACAUUACUGGUACAUAUUUUAUGGUAUUAGAUCCUGCCCCUACAACAAAGCUGGUAGCCAAUGACAUUUGCUAAAGAUAAUGAUAUUUGAGAUGUUACAUGAUUAUAUAAUGUUUUUCUGUUUUACUUCUUAAGCAUGUAUAGUAUUAAUAAUUAUAGUCCUUAAACCUAAGAUGCAUCUGCCAAUUCCAAGUUUACUUAGCUCAGUUCUCCAUCUCAACACACAUCAUGUGUACAUGUAAAUAAUACCAAGUAAUAGGUUUUGUGUAAUUCCUCUGUGGUGUUUAACUUCUAAGUCAGAUGUAUUUAUUGAAAUGAUUAUGCAAAUUAGAGUUAUUAAAAGUACGUUGUACGUUAAAGUUUACUGUAAAUAAUAUGUACUGUAUAUUCUGUGAAUGUGGAGAAGAUUUCAAAAGCUCUACAAGUUUUACAGUAUGCUGUGAAAGACAUUAAAACAUAUCAUGGAGGACAAUGUUGUUUUGUUUGGCUUUUGUCUACCAAAACAACAUUCAGCUAUUGUUUAAAUUUUGACAUGGUUCUAUUUUCUUAAUGAAAGAAGAGACAUCAAAGAUGAUAUCAAGAAUGUAAACAUAUGAUAUUUUUUUAAAAUCAGGGUUCUACUGUAUGAUUUUCAGGGUUACUGAAGCUGGAACAUCAAUAUACAUUUUAAUGUUCAUGGCCAUACUGUUUUUUUCAUAUAUUUAUGUUCAAGUUUUUUAUCAAUCGUUAUGAAGUUAAUUAUCAAUUUUAAGUGUUAUAUUUUGUUUAUUUUUUUUUAUUACAAAAUGUAUCAAGAAUAUAUCAUACCUGAGAAUAAUACUGUAUAUCCAAGAGUGAAAAAGAAUGGGGCCUGCAAUAGUUACCUGGCUGUUGACAAAGUGUUGCUUGAUUAUCUGUUCAUAUAUUUAUAAUGAAAAUUAAAACUAUAUGAUGUUAUGCAUUUGUGCAAAUGUGAAAUAGCCAGUGUAAUAGACAUUACAAACAAAAAUAUUAAAGCAAUGAUAUUGUACGUAUAUGACCAAUGUUACGUUGCAUUUCUGUACAGUUUGAGAGUGUUGUUUAUUCAUAUCCCUCAGUAUGUCAUAUGUAGCAGUUUUGUUCUCUAUAUGUGACUGUGAUUGUCAUGGAAACCAUAAUGCAGCUCUAAUACUUUGUGUCAAAUGCAGGGGGAAAUGCACAUAUCAAUAAUUUCAGAAUAACCUGCUUUAUGGACCAACCAUUCUUUAUGGAAAAAUAACUUGCAACAAAUGUAUUUCUUGUCAGAAAUAAAUGUCUUGCAAAUAUAAAUGCAAUACUGUAUAUAUGGAUGGUAAGUGGAAAGUAUCCCUUAUGUGAACCUUCAGGUGUCCUUGCACUGUCUAUUGUUGCCUUUUGUUGAGAUUUCUAUGGCAUUCUUUCAGCAUAUCAGUAAACUCAUCCUAUGCACUAUAACUGCACAUGUAACCAUCAACACAUCAAAUAACCAUUUAGAAAAGUGAUGUCUGGAUGCAUGUUGUCCAAUAAACA